UAAAAAUAUACACGUUCGAUUCAUGUGUUUCGGAAUAUGGAUGAUUUCAAUCGGCUUACACCAUCAACUCUAGUGGAUUUCACAUCACUGCGAUGUUCUUCACACACGCAGUUCAAAUGCCAGUGUUUAUGUCGUAUUCCAUACUUGUUACACCACGAAUUGAUGUGCAUACCAAUGGAUACUCAAAACAAAUACAAAUAUGACCCAUGUGUUUCAAAAUGUAUCAAUUUCAAUUCCGCUUACACCAUGAAAUCUAAUGCAUUUCAUAUCACUGAGAUGUUCUUCACAAACUCAGUUCAAAUGACAAUGUUUACAGCAAAUUCCAUACUUGAUACACCGCGAUCUCAUAUAUUUAUCUAACGAAUGUUAUGAAUUGAUUCAAACAAACUUGAGUAGGCAUUCGAACCAUCUAAUUGUGUCACUCUUUCGAAGAAAAAGCACAUGUUUCGUAUAAACUAACUUUUUUCAGCUGGUAUUUUGUAGUAAUUUAAUGUUUUGCUAAAAUUCUGGUUAAAAACAAGACAAAUAUUUGAAUUAAGUAGAGACACUGUAGACAAUAAAAUACAUAUUGGUUGCGGUGGUUGAAUUUGAUGGGUUAGUUCUAAAUUAUGUUAUGACAAUAAGUAAAGCCAUUUAACUAAAAAGAUCCAAAUAACAUUCUUAUAAAGAAUAAUCUAGGUACUUGAUUCUCUAUGAAAAAAUCUUUAUAUUUAGCAUAUGUCUAUCUGGUAGCCCAUAGGGAGAAACAUCGGAUUAGAAAAUGUGUUCCUAUUGACAGAGCCCGAGUUCUGCAAGAAGAGUACACCAAUAUCGCAGCAAUCCAACAAAUCACAAUCCAACAAUUUUUAUCAAAGGACACGAGAUCUCGGAACAUCGAACAAUUCAAUGGUCAGAAGCUCACCGAUACAAUAACCACCAUCUUAUUACCAGAAUGCCUCAUCGAAACGUUUAAUUCCUCGAAGAGACAUGCAUACCGGCAAGCUGGAAUCAACAUAUCAUGGCCAGCACAUACUCCUUGACAUUGUGGAUGACAAUGGAAUCAGUCGUAGGACAGUAAUGAAGCUUUUUGGUCCACUGAAGAUGGAGACGGCAAGGAGUUCGAGUGUAAAUAUGCCAACGACAAUGACACCCGCUGCUAUACAACCAAAUGAUUCAACUUUAUUAAUUAGGAACUUUAUUUAGCGAUGGCGAAGACAUUUUAUACAUUUGUACAAAAUUUGUUUUUAUUUCAUUUCAUCCGUCCGGAAUUCGAUUUACGUUAGAGAAUUGAAAACCAAUAAAAGAUUGUUUUUUAUAUACCUCCACCGUUGAUGCGUUGGUAGUUAUAGCAAAACAAUGCUUUUUGAAUUGGUUUUCGAUCCGAUGACGAAAAUCGGACUCCGGGCGGAAAUUGCAUUCCUGUAUCAUUGUAAACAUAUGAAAGAAAACACGAAAUACAUUCAUUUCCAAUAAAAUUCAACACGAUUAAACAUCAAAUUCAUUUAGAAAACAAGCGAACAUGUCAAGCCAUUCAAU